UAGUAGAGUUACAAAUUUCCAACACCAGAGUGCGUGAUCCGGUUAUUGAAAAUAUUGAAAUAAAUUCCGUCAUCAGUUUUGCUUCAGCCGUUGAAAGUGAAAGUUGUUCAUUUUUGUGUCAAAUACAAACGUCUAAAGAAAUAUACAUAAAACGAAAUGGCUCGUACUAAGCAGACAGCACGUAAAUCAACGGGAGGAAAAGCUCCCCGAAAACAGCUCGCGACAAAGGCAGCACGUAAAAGUGCACCUUCCACCGGAGGAGUAAAGAAACCACAUCGUUACAGGCCCGGAACUGUCGCCCUUCGAGAAAUUCGAAGAUACCAAAAGUCCACUGAAUUGUUGAUCAGAAAAUUGCCCUUCCAACGAUUGGUGCGUGAAAUUGCACAGGAUUUCAAAACUGAUCUUCGUUUCCAAAGUGCGGCAAUUGGUGCCCUUCAGGAAGCGUCCGAGGCAUACUUGGUGGGUCUCUUCGAAGACACAAAUUUGUGCGCUAUCCACGCUAAGCGGGUAACCAUUAUGCCCAAAGAUAUUCAAUUGGCUCGACGAAUUCGUGGCGAACGUGCUUAAGUUCUCACCUUUCUUUUUUUUUAUUAUUAUUAUUAUACAAUUUUUAUUUUAUUGAACAUAAUUUUUUUGGCAAUGUAUCACGCGAUUUCUUUGCAAAAAAAAAUAUGUUUUUUUUCUCUGUCCCUCACUGCCAAGCACUCCUUAAAAAUUAAACCUAGACAAAUUCUUUAUUAAAAUGCAAUAUUUGUAUAAUUAAUUUUUCGAUAGAGUAGAAAUUCUUUCAAGUAUCAUUUCUUUUAGUGAUUUAAUUUAAUUCAGAUUAACGUGGUUCGAGUAAAAGAGAAAAUUUAAAAAUUGAGUUAUUUUUGUACGUUUUUAUCUUUUAGAAAUAGCUGUUUGUUUAACAAGAGGCUAUAAUAAAGAAUUCUUAUAGUUUAAAUCAGGCUUUUCUCACAACUGCUUUUUUUAAAGUAGAGAAACUGUUGAAUUUUUUUCUCGCUAUGAAAGAUUAAUUCUGAUGAAUGGAAUAUUAUUAAUUCCCUGUCAACGAGUGCGUGAAAUGAUUGCUCUUUCAAUGUGAUGAAAAAAUCCCCCCUCUCUAUAAAUUAAUAAAGAUAAAUUGUUUUUGACGUAUAUUCAAAAAUGAUUUUUCAGAUUAAAAAAAUAGAGUAUAUUUAAUGUGUAAUUUUAUAGACAUAGCUUUUAGAUAAUGUAAUAAUACUUAGAAAGUGUCAAUUUCAAAGUACAUUCCAUUGAAAUUGGACUUUUAUUGUAUUUUCUAGAUGACGUAAAUUUGUAUUCACACGAAAAUUUACGUAAUUUCUGUAAGUCUAGAAGCUUUUUCUUCAUUAUAAAUAAAGCUACUUGACUUUAUUAUGAUAAGAAAAUGUCUACUUGUAAUUUCGUAAAUUUUUGUUGUCUAGGUUUAAGACUUGCACUCUUGUAGUUAAGUGUGAUUAUAGAAAUGAGAAGAAGAAGAAAAAAUUGCAAGAAAUCGAAGGUACAAUAUGAAAAAUGAAUAACAUUCACUUAUUGUUAGUUACAGAAUUCAUCGUAUACAAUUAAAAACUCCUUUUUAUUUUAUAUUAAUAAUGCUAAUUAAUCCCUAAUUCAGCUGUCAUCUUGAUCUCGUUAUUCGUUUUUCAUGUAUGUUAAUUUUUAAAAGAUUUUAAUUUGCAAUAAUCGACUACAAGAUAUCUUGAAAAAUGUAUUAUAUAUUACUCAAGUAUUUACUGUAAAAAUUAGCUCAUUAUUUUUACCUUUGACAAAACCUUCUUGUACUUGUUUCAACUCUGCUGUUGUGAAAAUGAUUAGUCCUUUUUUUCUUUGAACAAAAAACGAAAAAAAACAAAAAAGUAUCUCUAGAAAAUAAAAAAUUCUCCACGAUUUAAAAAAAAAAUGUAAUACUACAUUUGUAAACUAUUUAAUAUCUUUAUUAUCAAGUCAAUAAAUCCUGAUAAAAGAAUA